AUGUUCCUUAGUCCCAUUGUGGCAGAAGGAUCAUCUACAGCAGACAGAAAAAAAAAGCCAGGAGUGUGUCCUCGCAGGCACUGGGAUGGCACUGGGUGUCAUGAACUUUGCUCUAAUGACAAUGAAUGCCCCAAAAAUGAGAAGUGCUGCUCCACUGGAUGUGGAUACAAGUGCAUGGCUCCAGUCCUAGAAAAGCCAGGAGUUUGUCCUCGCCAGCCCUCGGACCACAAGCAGUGUGUUAAAUCUUGCUCUAAUGAUGGUGACUGCCCUGAUAAUCAAAAGUGCUGCUCCAGUGGAUGUGGACGUAUGUGCAUGGAGCCCUACACUGUGAUGCUUCUGAAAGCAGAAAAAUGUCCAUGGAACCUCAAUCUUGCUCUAUCGCGUAAGGGGUGCAGGGACUGUCCUAGAGACCACAUAUGCUGUGUCUCUGAUGGUGGAGAAAUCUGUGUCCCUCCUGUUUCCUCAAAGCCAGGAGUGUGUCCUCAUAGGAUUUAUGUCCAUGCAAAUUGUGUUGAAGAUUGCUAUUCUGACAGUGACUGCCCCAACAAUGAGAAGUGCUGUCCCAACGGAUGUGGACAUGAGUGCAUGCCUGCAGUCAUUGGUGAGAGAUGA